AUGCGCAAGCGAAGCUCUGGCCCGCUGUUCCUGUCCGCUGCCCCUCCGUUCCUGGUCGAGCUACCAGACUUCACCCGCCCGCACGAGUCGUGCGCCAUGUCCCCAAGGCGUCAACAGCAUCCUUACUUCUCUACACUGGAACGUCUGCGAUUUGCACAAGAAUCCACCGACGUGGACGAUAUCUAUAACCAUUACGACGACAUCACUUCCCACAAGAAUAAGCGCCGGAAACACAUCUCCAAACGCAGCACUCCAGAUCCCUUCGCCAUCCGCGACUCUCUGACCACGGCUGUGUCAGACUCUUCCUGGUUUAUAAAUCAUCCAGAAAAGCUCAGAAAGACGCAACUGUCGCGGCAGGAACAGUGCGAGCUGGUCAAGCACUUGCGUGCUAGUGUCAUACUCGACGCUGCGGACGAGGCAAUUUACAAGCUUCGCCACAAGACCAGCAACCUGACCCUGACGCCAACUCCUGAAAUUGACUGUUCCACGAGCACGCUGUCAACCAGGCGUGGAAGUUUCGAUUCACUGACAGACGCAAUGGCUCAGUCCCAGGCCGCCAGCAGGGAGGAUCCUGCGAGAGAGAGCCUGUAUGAGAGCUUCCGGUGGCUUGAUGAGGAGGAGGACCUGGACCUCCGACUCUUCCUGGAUGACUACCACGCGAACCUGCGGGAGGAGCUGCCACAUGCGACCAAAAGCAGGCGGCCAUCAUUCAGGCGACACCUGUCAAUCUCCAAACGGCCCUUUGGCAUGCCAACGGGAUCUGGCAGCCAGUCGGAUACAAGGGACAGUUACACAGCACCAACGUCUCCGUCCAACAACACAACCCUUCCACAACACCAACAGCAGCAGCCAAUUGCUACACAACAUACUCAACGGUUAUCUCGCACGCUGUCACUCAUAAACCCGAGGCAGCACGUACGGUCGGAAUCUCUUACAGGCAUAGACCCUGGCGCGGCCCACUACCAAGAUCCCGAGGCGCGGCUAAAGCUCCGAGUGUACCUGGCGUCCCCACAAAAGUUCGACGAGGCUAUUGAAUUCGGAUUUCCGGCAACAGACUCCGUGCAGGCACCCUCCACCCUUUCAACCCGACGUUCUGUGGUCAGGAAGCGCCAGUCACGGCUGCAGCUGAAAGACGACUCAGCCGACCACAUGAGGUCUUUUCUGGACGACGGCGACGACGAGGACCUGAGUGAUGACGACGACGACGACGCUAGCAGCAUCUCAGACCCAGACUCGCCCAGGACGCCCCACCUGGGCGGCUUGACGCCUCCCCCUGGCCACCACCGCCCUACAAGGAUCUCGACCGACCCGCUCCACAAAGCAGCCCAGCGGGGCGGCCAGGUAGCGCGGGAGCCGAACGACGCGUACGCGCAGAUCCCGGCCAACUCGCGUGAGAUGACCCUGCGGAUGACACUGACGAGGCCUGACCUGAGGGCGGACGAUGAGCAGAUCUACGGAUGGCAGGCCGCGCAGCAGGCGGCGUACCAGCCGCCCGCGGGAAGGCAGAGUCAGCAGUCCAAUGGGGCGAGGGGCGACGAGCAGGCGCCGGAGUACCUGUCGCCGCCGCAGCAGCAGCAGGGCCCAACCUACAUGUCCCAGGGCCGGACACCCAAGGAGAGCAUCGAGGCUAUCCUGACGGGGACUGAUCACUGGAGCCCUGAGGCGGCAGCCGGCGGCGACAAGGGUUUCAUGAAGAGGAUCUUCAACCGCGUUAGGAGGGCUUAG